UUGUGGGUUUUUCAGAGAACCGAUGAAGAAAAUGUUUCUCAAAUUAGUUUUGUUCUGUUUUUGGCAUCUGGAUGGUGUGUUUGGUGAUGAAGUGGAGUCAGUAACAGCGAUAGAGGGACAUGAGGUCACUCUACACUCUAAUCUUACUGAAAAAAAGGAUGAUGAUGUGAUUCAGUGGAGGUUUGGAUCUGAAAACACUUUACUAGCUAAAAUCAAUAAACAGACCAACAUUAUGACUGUAUAUGAUGAUGUUCUUGAUGGGAGAUUCAGAAACAGACUGAAGCUGGAUCAUCAGACUGGAUGUCUGACCAUCACAAACACCAGACCUGAACAUUCUGGACGUUAUGAAUUACAGACCAACAGUGUGAGAAAGUAUUUCAAAAUCACUGUAUUUAAUAGUGAUGCAGAUGCAGAUGCAGUGGAGUCAUUGAUGGAGGGAGAUUCAGUCACUCUACACACUCGUCAUGAUGAAAGGAUGAAUAACGAUCGGAUUCAGUGGUGGUUUGAAAAUGAAAACUCUUUAAUAGCUGAAAUGAAAGUAACAGCUAACGGUGUAACUGUAAAUACUAAUUAUGACUGGAGAUUCAGGGGCAAACUGAAGGUGAAUCUUCAAACUGGAUGUCUAACCAUCACAAACAUCAGAACUGAACAUGCUGGACUUUAUGGAGUACAGAGCAACCGUAUGAGAAAAACCAUCAUUGUCAAUGUCAGUGAUGCAGUGAAGUCAGUGAUGGAGGGAGAUUCAGUCACUCUACACACUCUUCAUGAAAGGAUGGAUAAUGAUCGGAUUCAGUGGUGGUUUGAAAAUAAAAAUACAUUAAUAGCUGAAAUGAACGUAACAGCCAGCAGUGUCACUGUAAAUGAUAAUUAUGACCGGAGAUUCAGGCGGAGACUGAAGGUGGAUCUUCGAACUGGAUGUUUAACCAUCACAAACAUCAGAACUGAACAUGCUGGACUUUAUGGCGUACAGAGCAACCGUAUGAGAAAAAACAUCAUUGUCAAUGUCAGUGUUCGUCUGCCUGUUCCUAUCAUCAGCAGAAACUCUUCACAAUGUUCUUCAUCAUCAUCAUCAUCAUCUUCUUCCAACUGUUCACUGGUGUGUUCAGUGGUGAAUGUGAGUCAUGUGACU